CAUCUCGUUCUCUGCUGCUCUCUUUCUCCUUCUCCAACGUCACCCACUAAGAUUCUGCUGACAGCGGAUUCGGAGCUUGAAGGUUAAGUUUAUGGCCUGCCAAGUGAUAGCAAUGCAUCUAAAGCCUUGUUUGUCGGUAUUAGUGGAUGAAGUUUCAGAAUGUUCAUGUAUAACCCUUGCAACUUAUGCAGUCCAGAGGUGGAGCAGAGAACCUUUUUUACGUGGAGCAACUUCAAGGAUUGGCAUAAAGUCUGCCUCUUUUUCCAAAACAAGUUUUGAAACGAGAAGACAUGGUUGGAAACCAGCCUUUGCCUUAGACACUGGUGGUGUUCCUGGAAAUGGUGACCAAGGUAAUCUCAAUGGAGACAGCCCUAAUCUUGGUGGUACUCGAUUGGGUAGGAUAGUGAGUGCUGGUGGCAGACAGCUAUUAGAAAAACUAAACUCAGCAAGAAAGAACUUCCCGAUGAAGAUAUUUCUCCUUCUAUUGGGUUUCUAUACAGCCAAUGCAUUAGCAACAAUUCUCGGGCAAACCGGUGAUUGGGAUGUAUUGGUUGCAGGGGUUGUGGUUGCAGCCAUUGAGGGGAUUGGCAUGCUUAUGUACAGAAAGCCCCCUGCUGUAUCAACAAGGAUGCAGUCCUUCAUAUCGUUGAUGAACUAUUGGAAAGCUGGUGUGUGCUUAGGUCUUUUUGUGGAUGCUUUUAAACUAGGUAGCUAAAUAUCUCAAUCCACAAUAAUCUUUUUAAUCUCUGUUGUUAUAUCAUGAAUCUGCUGAUAGACAUCAAAGAUUCAAAUAAUGUGCAAAACUUAUCAUAUUCUUUGUCAAUGAUAUUUCAUAAGUGCGCUGUUGCUGAGAUGAGA